AAACGGUUCACGAGAAACACAUUCUUCACCGAAAAGAACCCAACGAUCGUUAACUUCCCGCUCAGGAACGUCGACCUCUCGGAACUCCUAUCGCCUGAACACAGGACCGCCAAUCACUGCGUCUAUGAUCUCAUCGCUAAUGUGGUCCACGAAGGCGAGCCCGAGGCCGGCAAAGGCACCUAUAGGUGCCAUGUCUUGCAUAGGGGCACCGGGAAGUGGUUUGAGUUGCAGGACCUACACGUGUCUGAGAUAUUGCCACAAAUGAUCACAUUAUCCGAGAGUUAUAUACAGAUUUGGGAGCAAAAGGAGGCCAUCGACUGAACCAUUGAUUACUAAUUUAUUAUUUAAAUGCUAACUAGUAUUUCUCAUCUAUUUUAUGUAUUUUACGAUCAUUUUGUAACGAUUAAUAAAUUUUAUUAAAUUUACCAUGAUUAUUAAAAUAUUUGUAAACAUAA